AUGUGGAAGUCAUCGUUCUUCGUUAAAGGUAUAACGUUUUAUUAUACGGAACAAAUGUAAUUAUUGUUGUUUUAUUUUUUUUAAAUUCGAGUGAUGUGUAAUGCCUGCAAAAUUAUUUUUAUUUUUUUUUUUGUUGAAUAUACGUGAACAGUUAUAUGGAACCACCGUAUAUUUUGCACAAAAACAUGCCUCGUGCGGGAAAAACUUUCGCAAUAAUAUUCGAUUUUGACGAUUUUUUUUUCGUAUUUAUUUGAAAGAGGGGAAGACUUCUUACGAGUGUUUUUUUAUUUAUAGAUUAAUCAAAAAUCGAAAUUCAAUGCGACUCGUAAAAAGUUUUGCUCUUUCAUAAAAAAUAUAUGGCGUUUUACAAAGUCACUUUCGUCCGUGAAAACGGCCUUAUUCUUUCCCUCUAAAUGGAUAUCGGACAGUUGACAAAUGGAAAAGUCGUAUAUUUAAAGGGCCGCGUAAAAGAGUUUAAAAUAAUAUGAAAAUUGUACAAAAUCGGAGAAAAUUUUGAAAAACCGCUGUUCUAACAGCCGUAACGUAAACAAUUUAGACAAAUAAUAAAGAACGAGAUGGGUGUGUUGAGUGUUGAAGGGAAUUUAGAUGAGAUACAUUCAAGAAGAUAUGUGAGAUAAGUGUGUAAUUGGAAACCACGGAAAAAGUACGCAAAAGAAAAAAGGGCCUAUAGAAGAGAUAUGAGCAAGGGCUGGAUAAAAGCGAAGAGGAAGAAUAAGAUAGUUGCACUUUCGUUGUGAAAUAGAUUAAAAGGAAUCUGUUUUUAGAUUCUGAGCGUUGUGAGAAAUGUGCUUUUACUAUACCUAUAUGUGACUUUUUUCAUUUCUGUCUUUGGGCAACUUUUUUAAAAGAAAUUUUUUUCCAAUCGAAAAACAACAAGAAACCUUUUUUGUUAUAUUUUAAAUCUAAUUGGUGAAUUAAAUGAGAUUAAAUUUUGAUUUUACAAACUGUUUUUCAUAAUAAUGGGAAACUAAAAAAAAACCAACAAAUAUUUAUGAUGCGUCGUGGCAUUAAUAAUUGCAUUAUUUUAAAUGUUUCAAAUUUCAAAAGCAGUAUCUUUUCUGAAACUAUUUCAUUUGGUAUAGGUAUUAUAAUGUCGAGAAAAUUGUUCGACAUACAGAAAUGCUUGACGGUUUCAUUAUAGGUCAAAAAAAAAAAAAAAUCGGACAUAAUUUAGUAUUUUUUAUUUAAAAUUUUUAUAAUUUUUUUUAACAUCAGAUUUGUUUGAAAUUGUACUUUACAGGCACCGUCGUUUUAACGAUUUUCAGCCUACUCUUGCGGAAGGCGAAUUGUGAUACGUAUACAACCAACAGCUACGAGUAUUCCGCCGUUUCCGUACCGUACAAACCGUACGCCGACCGUAUCCUAAAUCACGAGUAUCCGUCACCCGGAAUGGUACCGGAUGAAAACGCCGACAACGAUUGGCGAAAUUCCGAAUACGGCGGCGUCUCGGACAGGGCAAAACACCCGGGCCCGAUGGACGUACGCGGCGGGAGUGCGGUGCGUGUGCAGCUGCAGGGACCACCGCCGUUGCCGCCGGUCGCAGCUCCCGAAGGGCUUAACGUCGACAGCGGCGGAAUAGGACCAAAGUUCGAGACCGGACUCUUUGGUCCGCCGCCGCCGUUCGCCAGUACCGCGGGAUUGGCGGGGCUGCUGUCCGUCGUCGGACUCGCCGGGUUGCAGGUGCAUCCAAACCAUUUGCAGGGUCUGGUCGGCGUUCCCGGAUCGUUCGCGGCCAACGCGCACGUUCUGUUGCGAUUGUUGUACGGGGUUCAGCAGCUGAUGACCAAUCCGUCUUCGGUGGCCGGCGGAUUCCCGUCGUUAUGCAGCCGACCCGUGAUGGCGGUCGUCGGUCGGUUCUUGCAGAGACUGCUGGAACCGCUGUUCGCCACCGGUUUCUACAUGGCCGCGUCAUAUUUCUUCAAGAGGUCGGUGUUGCCCAGGAUAGCGCAUUACGUCCACGUUUACGCGUCGAUGAAAGACCACGAGCACGCGAGACUCGACGGCCGUGGUCCGCUUGGAGACCUGAACGGUUUGGCGGCGACGGUGGGCGAAGCCGUCGACGACCGUCCGUGCUUGCAGAAAAUCGUCUGCGAAGCCGGACUCGAAGCGGCCAAAAGUUCGGUGGCGCGUACGAUUGGACGGUAA